UGGAGUAGAGUGGAGUGAGGGGGGCGGAGGGCCGGUCCCGUCAGCUCAAGAGUGCGGAGGGAGGGCCCGCCUUGUGGCUUCCUGGCCCCCCGCACCGGACGGCUGUAUUAUAGAUGCGCAUCCAAGCAGCCGGGCGGCGGGGGCCAGUGAACGGGCGCAGUAAUGUGACGGGUCGGGAGAGCGUUGAGCGAGUUUAACUAUUAACCAUCGAGGCAUCCGUACCGGACCAGUACCGUACAUAAAGGCGUGCACACCGGCGUCCGCGCCUCAAGCCAGAACGCACGGAACCAGGAGGCGGAGGAUACAUGCAGCCGGCUCGCUCCUACCCAGCCUCGAUCGCUGUAUCACGGCCACAAAAAGCCGACCCGCCCACUGAGGUCGGAGAAGUCCCUUUCAGUGGCUGGUAAUUCAACCCUUGUGCCGCAGACCUUUAAAUAUCUUCACUGAAGAGACCUUUCCAGCAUCCACGUGGUGUAAGUCCACACGGAGCAGCUUGCAUUGAAUGGAGAACAUACUGGUCCUGCUCCCCAAACAUCGACAGGAACACAGGCUCGACAGACAAACGGCUGCAUGUGCCUUGCUGCAGUUACUCUAUCCCAGAGCAGUUCCCCUCUGGGCUUUGAUGCCGACCAUCACUCCCUGUAGACCUUUUUGAUGGGAUAAAUUAUUUAGACUGAUCAGGUUCAAAAACCAGGUCACUUCCAGAACAGUUUGGCAGAUCUCGUCUAUUGAACGUUCUUUGUCAAGACCAUUGGCUUUCAAAGGCUUCCGCAUGGUACUUUGGUCGAAAGAACAAGACAAACUGCCCGACAUCAACAUGUCCUCCGGGGCCGUUGAGGUGAAGAAGGAGGGGGGGCCCCUUGCUCCGGCCUUCCUCAACUCCAACUCCUCUGUCCACCCAGUGAUCCUCACACAGGGACCCGAGGAAGGGAGCCCAGGAAAUGGGAGUGAGUUUGAGCUCAAAGAGGUUACAUCUUUCACAGAAAUGACCAAUGAAAUCCCGGAGAACGAGGAGAGGUUGGAGAUAGUCGCAGUGAUGGACUGUCGGGCCAAUGCCAAAGGUCAGCGGGAGGAGGAUGCUCUCCUGGAGAAUGCAAGCCAGAGCAACGAGAGCGACGAUACCAGUAAUGAUCAGAGCCCCGAACCACCGGCACCCCUCAAGGAGACCUCCUUCUCAAUUGGUCUGCAGGUGGUUUUUCCCUUCCUGCUGGCCGGGUUUGGGACGGUGGCGGCAGGAAUGGUGCUAGACAUUGUCCAGCACUGGACGGUGUUCACGGAAGUGUCAGAGGUGUUCAUCCUGGUUCCGGCGCUGCUUGGGCUCAAGGGCAACCUGGAGAUGACGCUGGCCUCCAGACUUUCCACAGCGGCUAAUAUUGGUCAAAUGGACACAGCCAAGGACAUGUGGAAUAUGAUCAUGGGGAACUUAGCUCUCAUUCAGGUCCAGGCCACAGUCGUAGGCUUCCUGGCCUCCAUCGCUGCGGUGAUCUUCGGUUGGAUCCCAGAGGGCCACUUCAGGCUGGGCCACGCCGUGCUGCUUUGUGCCUCCAGUGUCGCUACCGCCUUCAUUGCUUCUCUGUUACUAGGUCUCAUCAUGAUUGGCGUGAUCAUCGCGUCCAGGAAAGUUGGCAUCAACCCAGACAACGUGGCCACGCCUAUUGCCGCGAGCUUGGGAGACCUGAUCACCCUGUCCCUGCUGGCUGGCAUCUCGACAGGACUGUACAAGGAACUAGACAACCACGACUACGCCAAUCCACUAGUGUGUGCGGUGUUUGUGGCCUUGUGUCCGCUGUGGGUGCUCAUCGCCAGGAAGAUCCCGUCCACACGAGAAGUCCUCUACUCUGGAUGGGAACCGGUCAUCAUCGCCAUGGCCAUCAGCAGUGUGGGCGGUCUGAUUCUUGACAAGACCGUCACCAAUCCAAACUUUGCUGGUAUGGCUGUCUUCACCCCAGUCAUCAACGGUGUGGGAGGUAACCUGGUGGCGGUUCAGGCCAGUCGAAUCUCCACCUACUUGCACAUGAAUGGUAUACCAAUGGGGGAUCCCAACCCCACAUCCAGGAACAGGAAGUGCCCGACGCCCUGCACCACCUUCUUCACCUCCACUGUGAACUCCCGUUCAGCGCGUGUGCUGUUCCUCCUGGUCGCCCCGGGUCACCUCGUCUUCCUCUACACCAUCAACUCACUGAGGGGGGGGCACACUACACUCACGCCCAUCUUCAUCACCUUCUACCUGGCUGCUGCAAUGCUCCAGGUGAUUAUCCUCCUCUACCUGGCGGACUGGAUGGUCCACUGGAUGUGGGGCAGAGGAAUGGACCCCGACAACUUCUCCAUUCCCUACCUGACCGCUCUCGGCGACCUGCUGGGAACGGGCUUCCUCGCCCUCUGCUUCCACAUGCGCUUCUUCAUCGGGGACCGAGAUUCCAACGUGGGCAACUGAUGGCGCCAGCAAAGAUUCGCCGGCCCGCCCGACCGCCCGCCCGCCCGCCGCACACGGACGUCCAUGAUGAUGACAAGAACACGAAGCCUCCUAUGACAGGGCUAAUCCCUCGUAGGGCUCUGAUUGAAGACAUAGUGCUCUAACAGGUCAGUAGUUUACAUCACCAUGGUAACGGAUGCACUAUAGCCUGGACAUAUUCGGAAUGUCUCAGUCAGCGCCACGGACUUUGCUUCAUUUGUAUCCUUCUUAAUAACAGAGCACCCUGCCUCUGUUAUUAUUUUGCUAUUGUAAAUGAUAAUUAUUGUCGGGAAAAUAAUACAUUUGAUGUAAAUCGAUAUAUAUUCUAUUUUGAGAGGCUAUUCCUCAUUAUUUUCAAUGGGGACACUAGCCGGUGUAUCCAUUUUUAAUAGAGCAACAAAUCCAACAUUGCAAAAAAUAAAAAAAUAAACACGAACAAGCCGAGAUUGCUUAAUCACUAAGUGCUUUGUCUGGAAAUUCUAUCAAAUCAGUGAAAUGCAAAUGUAUCCUUUUGUGCCGUUUCGAGAAAUCUCGAUUCCGAUUCUUCUCCUCCAUCGUCAUGGGGUAGCACGACUUCCUGUUUUUGAGCGACUCUGCAAAGCAAAUUGUGCAACCGGAGCCUGAUCCUGAUUAGUCAGUGACUUGAAAACGGGACUAUUUGCCAAACAGUCCACUAAUGUCGGACUAAAGCAAGCUAUGCUACGUUAUGCAAGAGUCGCAGGCUCAAGAGACCCGCACCGCUCAGCUAAUGGAACAGCCUGAGUGCUCACUAAACAUUAUCAUGAGUGAGGGUGUGCUCGCAACUUGCUUGAUGGCGCUUGAUUGUAUUUGAUGUGUCCUUCGUGUUUGGACGACCCCCCCCGCCCCCCCCGGCACCAAAGACUCCCAUCAGUCCUCAAGAGUUUUUCACCAAUUUAAAUCCCAUGGACAGUUGCAGAGUUGCAUUCACUGGACAUCAACAUGCAGUACAUUAACACAAAUAUAUUGUAUAAUUAGUGGUUAGCACGCAGGCCUCGCAGCUAGGAGACCCGUGUUCAAUUCCACCCUCGGCUAUCUCUGUGCGUGGUUUGCAUGUUCUCACAAAAUGGCAACGGUCAGGAUUUCUCUAAGUCAAUUAUAGAAUAAUUAUUAGCAGACUGUCAUGCGAUUGCUCCUCUACAGUAACAUUUGGCGUGCACACUUGCGUUGCAUUCACUGUCUUUAAUCAGUAAAAAAGGCUCCAGUCAUGGCUUCCUGCUUCAAAUUUACAACUGCACUCUAUCACGGUUGUUUGAAAAUAUACAAAUUAUUAAAUAAUGUCGUUUCUUGCUUGAUUAUGGCAUAUUAUGAGUCAAAAAAUAAGCCGAAAUGAAGGAUUUUCAAGCAUGAAAAUGGCUAAAUGAACUAAAACACAAAUAUGAUGCAUUCAAAGACAUGUUGUAAUGAUAUGUAGUAUUCUACACUGGUCAUUUUACGGUCAUGUUCAAUGAGGCACGCCCAAUCCCCGUCGUGGCCGUAACCCACGCCGAGCUAAAACUCAAUUCUGAACCCCCAUUGUCACUUCCUGUUCGCCCCCUACUCACCUAACACCAGAUCACACAAAGCUCUUGGGUGAUAUCAGUGUAAAGGUGACUAUAGGGGUGUUACAUCAUGCGUAGAGGGCUCUAAUAAUGUUAAAAAUGUAUUUAGAAGGUUGUAAAUAAGUUUUCCAUGUUCUAACUGUGAAAAUAUUCCACUUAUUGGCCGAAAUUCACUUAUGACUGCUCUGAAGUAAUGACUACUGUGAUAAACGAGAGAUAACUACACUGGACUUGACUUUGAGAAAAUCCUGACCCAUCAGCGCCGAUCACGCCAAACCAAAAUCUUUUACUCUCAUUUAACUCCAACAACUGUCCGUGUUUUCCAUAGCUGUCUUUUUGCUCACAAGCGAGGAAACAAAUGGAGGAGAUUCGGAAUUUCUGGAGAACUAAACUGUAUUUUGGGCAGUUGAAAUCCAGGAAGUCCGUAUGGGUUUCUUGGCUAAAACGUACACGAUGCGCUUGAACGAGACGCCGCUUGUCAGACUGCUGUGUCGUCUCAGAGGGGCCAGAAGAAUACAUCCUGUCAAUGUGAAACAUGAUGUCUGUCAAUCUUAUCUUUA